AUGGAGCGCGCGGAUUGGCCGAGGCGAGGGAGAUUGGGAUGGGGCAGGAGAGAGCCCGCCGUUGAUUGGGUGGGCUUGGUAAAGGCCUUGAGCUCAGACCGGCUGAGCGCUGGGAGGAGGGUGGACCGAAGGCACGACUCGGAUCCUGCGCGAUUGGCUGGGAUAGUAGGCGUUGAUAGGAUAGGGUGCCCGGGAGAACUAAGGAGAGGAGUUCGGGGUCGGGGCGCGGGAAGGCGGGAGGUGCCCGGCUACCCUAGGAGCCCGGCGCGGGGCACGAUGGGACGCCCCCGGGAAGAGGCGGAGCUGGGUUCGAGCGCUGGGGCUGCGGUUGGGAAACUACUGGAGGAUAUGGUGCACCAGAAUAAGAGAAUAAACCAAGAAACAGGAAGACGUGAUCCAGGCAACAGGAUAUUCCAGUAUAGUGUUGGAAACAGAAGCCCAGUAGUGAAAGCUACAGCUGCCAGAUACUUGCAGUGGAAUCACAGGAGCAAUCACAGCUCUUUAAUUUAAUUCUGGAGUGUGAGCAGGAACCAGUUAACUACAUUCAUUGUCCAACCCCCACUGGUUUGAAAGAAGACUCCAAAUUCUUGGCAUACGAAUCAGCUGUUCGGUAGCUCCACCUUAUCCCUGCAGCGAAGCAGCAGAACCGCCAAUGGCGGCACCUCAGGAUUCACACUGUGGGUGGUGAGGCCUUCCGCUGAAGGAGGUACUGGUGGAUGCUCUCAGCAUCUCGCUUUAGCCAGGCAGCAUUCAGCAGAAUAUUUUCACAACACUGCUGGAUGGUACGCUCAGCUGAAGGAGCUGGGUGACUCUCAAAGAAAGCCUGGUAUAAAACAACCCAGAAUGCAGGAUCAUUACUAGCAAUAAGAAGUUAAUAUUACAGGUUAUGAAAAAAUACCCACUGGUCUAUAUGAAGGAUGCAUAAUCUUCAGGCAUGAGAAUUUACCACUGCCACCCUCAGGCUAAAAGAAAACAAGCAACUCCUUGGACCUGCAUAUAGGAAUUCUCCCCUUAAAUAUUAUAUGCUUAACAACCUAAUCAAAAGUUAAUAAAGAGACAGAACCUACUGCCUUU